CAGAGAGCUGGAGAGAGUGAGAGGCUUUGUGCUUAAUGUGUGCUUCUCAGGAGAAUGAAUAAUGAGAGGACUACAGCUCCACUUUCUUCUUCACUGGAGGAUUUUUAAGUGGAUUUUACGUCCACUAAAUCAGCGCUUUAUUAGCACUGGAUUGUUUUCCUGUUAUCAACCUUUACAUCUACAACUGCUCUAUGGUCCAUGACGAUGGAAAUGCCGGACAGUUUGUCAGCCCAGGACAUGCUCUCCUGAGCAUCCCUGCCACCGACACACCACAAGGAUAAACCAGUCUAUUCUAGGCCAUGACUGCUCUGCUUCACAACGUCAGUGUCCCCAGGAGUACAGCAGUCUUGCUGGCGUCCACAGACAGUCCAUUCAACCUGACUGCAGCUGCUCAGGCAGGACUCGGGUCAGGCCAUUCGCUGGCCCCUCUCUGUACCCUCUGUUGCUGUGGGUUUCUCAAUCGCACCUCGGCAGUGGUGUUCAUGGUCAGCCUGGCAUUUGCCAUCGUGGUUGGAAAUGUGGUCACGCUUACUGUUUUUGUGCAGACAAGGCAAUCGAGAACACCACAGGGAUACUUGAAAGUGUCUCUGGCCAUAGCAGACAUGAUGGUCGGUGUCCUUGUGGUACCUUUCUCUGUCUACACUGAAAUAUCUCUGAUGGUGACGAACGCUCCUCCCAUUUGGUACCAGGGUAGUUCUUCUUCCCCGGCCUCCUCCUCUUCCCUCGGUGGACUAGUGAGCCCUUGGCAGCCUUGCAUGCUGAUUGGUCCCGUGUUCGCAGGAUGCACCUUUGUCUCAAUCAGCACAAUCUUCCUCAUGACCUUGGAGCGGAGUGUGGCCAUCCUACGACCACUCCACAAGGAUGCCUUGGUGACCCGGAGACGGACUCUUAUCCUCAUCCUGCUCUCUUGGGCUGCCAGCUUCCUGCUGGCUCUCGCGCCUCUCAUCUUCAGCAGUAACUUCACUUUGGAGUACAAUGAGUGCAGUCGUAUGUGUAACUACACCCCACUAUUGUCUGGAAGCCAGCUACCACCGGAUGCCAACAUUUUGCUGUUAUUCCCAGCAUUUGACUUCAUAAUACUCGGGGGUACGUUAGCCGUUAAUAUUGCUUCUUUCACUAGCAUUCGACGGUACUCCCGAAAACGCAAACUGCUCUCAGAGGGGAGUCUAAGUGACGGAGGGGGAGGAGCAGGAGGCGGAGGGUGCCCUCACAGGCCCUCCUUUUCAGACAUUAAAGCUGCCAAGACAAUUGGCAUACUAACAUUUGCCUUCACAGCAUCCUUCUCUCCCAUCGCAGUGUUUGUGCUCGGGAACGUGGUGGGAUACACCUGGUGUAACUUUUCCUUCUUUGCCUUCUGGAUCCUGACAGGAAACAGCUGCUGUAAUGUUAUCAUCUACAGUGUCAGGGACCACCGCUUCAGGAAGGGCGUGACCCUGCUCUUUCAGCGAGACCAGUCCCCCCCACAUGGCGAGAAGACUUGAGGGAUACAUUAAUUCAUCCAGUAGCAGCAAGGGGCUGUGUUCCAGCAAGUUUGACUUUAAAGGAACAGCUUGAAACUUUGAGGAAUAUGCUUAUUCACUUUUUUGAAGACAAGAUAGAUGCCACUCUCAUGUUUUUACAGUAAGUAUGAAGCCGGAAUCAGCAGCUGGUUAGCUAAGCUUAGCAUAAAGACUGGAAACUGGGGCAAACAGCUAGCCUGGCUCUUUCCAAAGGCAACAGAUCCACAUUCAAGCAGUUUCCGGUCUUGGUGCUAAGCUAAACUAACCUUUUCCUGGCUCAAGCUUCAUAUUUGCUGUAGAUCAGUGCGAGUGGUUUCAAUCUUUUUCACCUUACUCUUGGCAAGAAAGCGAAAUAAGUGAACGUCCAAAACUGUCAAAAUAUCUCUUUAAUUCAAAUGUGAACUCCAUGCAAAAUAAUACAUUUUAAACAAAAAAGGAUUGCAAUUCCUUAUUAAUGAGAGUUGUGAUCCAAAUUUUGAAAUUUUGACCUCCAUCCACAUUUAUCUUUGGGCAUACAAACCUGUAUCUAUGCAUUACAUGAUAAAACUGCUUUCAGGAUGGGACCAAAAACACGUACUGUAGGUCUUGAGAAAAAAGGCCGUCAUCUGAAUAAACUGUAGAUCUUUGUAGCUACUCUACUGCCACAACAUUCCCCUUCCUCUCCUCUGGUCUCCUUGUCUCGCCUUCCUCUGGCAUCAAACCUCUUUCCUGAAACUUUACAAAUGGGAGGGCUUUUGUGAGACUUUCAUUAACUUCAGGAUCAAACCUACUGUAUCUCCAGGAGGUGCACUGACAACCACAGUAACCACACAAUUGAUGUUUUUAUGUAGUGGUGAGUUUGACAUUGCUGAUUUACAGGGGGUGUUAUUUGUGUGUGUAGAAAUUUUGCUACUGCCUCCUCUUUGGAAUAAUGUUGAUUAAAAAUGUUUCGUUUAAGGGAACACUUCAUACCAUAGAUUUGAUUCUGUGGUGUUAUAUAUCUUUUUUGAGCAUCUAAUUUCAAUCUUUUGUGAUAAUAAUCUGCCUCAACUAUCAGAAACGCACUUUAUCAGUUACUAAGUGAGCCAUUUGCAUUGUGCCGUGUGUCAGUCAAUGUUGAUUUGGUACAAGUUUUAUUUUUUGCAUUUUAUAAUAUUGGUUGUCUUUGUCUGAGCAAAUGUGAAUUAAACAGAAUGAUCUGUAUAUUUAUUACAUCAGUAUAGACUAAAUGAAUGGGAUGCCAAACACAGAGAUUUAGUAUAAAAAGAAUUAUGACUAUAGCAAAUCUAAUAUGUUAACAUGUCGUGUGAAUGAAUUAAUAUCUUACAUGUACAAACUUACAGCCAUUUGGUCUUUUCCACCAAAAACUGUCACGAUCAUGGAAAAGUUUGAAAUCUACAGCAUCCUAAUCAUCUGUAGUUCUGUGUAAGAAAACAAAUGACUAGUAUUUUGCUGAUAUUGAAUCACUGUACAGAGUUGUAUGAGUAGUGCAUAUUUCAUCAAUGGUGAUUGCUUCAGAAUUGGUAAU